CUACCUUCCCCUCUAGUGGCGCAAGAGGAGUCGUCACAGCUGGAACGAUAAUAAGAUGCGCAUGAAUUUACUACAGUAUCUAAAACAACGAUAGGAGAAAAAUAAAUGGACGGUUCGGUUGGUCAUAGCAAGCGUUUACACGAGCUUUUGUUUUGUUGUUUGUUUCAUUUAAAUUGGGCUUUUCUCGAAGACUUUCAACCAAGUGCAAGUUAAACUUGAGACGCCGCUUUCCGCAGUUGAUGGAGAUUCAAAGUUUGUUCGGUCCACUCGCAUUGGAAAGAAAUGCGUCCUUCGCUGACUGUGAAGGCUUCCUGUGGUCAGAGUGGAUCAGUGACUUCAAUAAAGGCAAGGGGUACCACUUCAAGAUAUGACAUUUGUUGCAGUGAUAUUCCAGAGACUUACUCCAUCUUGUUUUGCCAUCUUGUGAACAAGGGUGUGACCUCAGUUGGGACCAGCGGCUUGCCCCCUUAUUUGUAAAUCCGAGGUGACACAGUGGGAAACCAUACAAUGCUAACUCACUAAAACUCAGGAGUACUGAAGAUAUUCCUUGCCAUAAAUCCUGUCACUGAACCGUCCAGUAUUCAGCGUUACACGUCGCCAUUGGAAAAAAGCCAAUGUCUGCCUCCUCUCCCCCGUUCUUACCUCGAGCCUUCCUCCACUCUCUCCAUCCGCACCACCCGACCUUGCCAACUGCUUUGUCCCCAUCGUCGGCUGGACCGCUCUACACACGACUGUCCAACGGAAACCACAGUGUCCCCAGCCCCACCAACUCCCGUAGCUCUUUCCAUGGGGUGUCUUUCCUGCUGCAAAUUGGGUUGACCAGAGAGACAGUGAACCUGGAGGGUAAUGACCUAUCCCUGUCCGCUGUAAAGGACCUGGUGUGCUCUAUAGUGGACCAGAAGUUCCCAGAGUGCGGCUUCUUUGGCAUGUACGACAAGAUCUUGCUAUUCCGCCAUGACCUAAAUGACGAAAACAUCCUGCAGAGGCUGACCUCAACAGAAGACAUCCAUGAGGGAGACCUAAUUGAGGUGGUGCUCUCCGCCCAAGCCACAGUUGAAGACUUCCAGAUUCGACCUCAUGCCCUUUAUGUCCACUCCUACAAAGCCCCCACCUUCUGUGACUACUGCGGGGAGAUGCUAUGGGGUCUUGUUCGGCAGGGGCUCAAAUGUGAAGGAUGUGGGCUAAACUACCACAAGCGCUGCGCCUUUAAGAUUCCAAAUAAUUGUACUGGUGUGAGGAAGAGGAGAUUGUCCAAUGUCUCGCUGCCCGGACCAUCCCUCUCUGUUCCCCGACCGGUACUUGCAGAGAAUGCGAUUGUCUUGGAUGAGCAGCAACAGCAGCAGAGAUCCCAUCAAGAAGCAGGGAAGCGAGUCCUCUCCUGGAGUGGCAGACCUAUCUGGAUGGAGAAGAUGGUGCUGGGUCGAGUUAAGGUGCCUCACACCUUUGCCAUUCACACCUACACUCGACCCACUAUCUGCCAGUACUGUAAGCGUCUGCUUAAGGGACUCUUUCGUCAGGGAAUGCAGUGUAAAGAUUGUAGAUUCAACUGCCAUAAGCGGUGUGCGUCAAAGGUACCAAGAGACUGUUUGGGUGAGGUGGAUUUCAAUGGAGAGCCAGCCAGUCCUGGGCCAGAGGCAGAGACCACUCUGGAUACAAUGGAAGUAGACAGCAGUGACAUGGAAGGCAGCAGAGGGCUGGAUGACCCUGAGGAACUCUCCACUCCAGAGGAGAGGAUGUUUGACAUGGAUUCUCCCUUCUUGGACCGAGACAAAGAUGAGGAGCCCAUUAAGACUAUUAGUCCCUCCACAAGCACCAACAUCCCACUGAUGCGGGUGGUCCAGUCUAUCAAACACACCAAGAGGCGGAGUUCUACUGUGGUGAAGGAAGGCUGGAUGGUUCAUUAUACCAGCAGAGACAACUUGAGAAAGAGACAUUACUGGCGGCUGGACAGCAAAAGUCUGAGUCUCUUUCAGAACGACACAGGAGCCAAGUUCUAUAAAGAAAUCCCUCUGUCUGAGAUUCUCCAGGUAGAGCAGUGCAGAGACUACAAUAAUCUGGCCCAAGGAAGCAAUCCACACUGCUUUGAGAUCAUCACAGCUACCAUGGUCUACUAUGUGGGGGAGAACAAUGGCAAUCAUUACCACAGCCCUGCUCUGGCUGCCUCAGGAGUCGGCAUGGAGGUGGCUCAAGGAUGGGAGAAGGCCAUCAGACAGGCCCUGAUGCCAGUCACACCUCAACCUAGUGUGGCAAGUGCAGGCCCAGGCAAAGAUCAUAGAGAGCUGUCCAUCAGCAUAUCUGUGUCCAACUGCCAGAUUCAAGAGAAUGUGGAUAUUGCCUCAGUGUACCAAAUAUUCUCAGAUGAAGUGCUGGGAUCAGGACAGUUUGGCAUUGUGUAUGGAGGUAAACAUAGAAAGAGUGGCAGAGAUGUGGCCAUAAAGGUUAUUGACAAGAUGAGAUUUCCUACCAAACAGGAGAGCCAGCUGAGGAAUGAGGUGGCCAUAUUGCAGAAUCUGCAUCACCCAGGUAUUGUCAACCUGGAAUGCAUGUUCGAGACACCAGAGCGGGUGUUUGUAGUGAUGGAGAAGCUGCAUGGCGACAUGUUGGAAAUGAUCCUGUCUAGUGAGAAGAGCAAACUGCCUGAACGAAUCACCAAGUUUUUAGUUACACAGAUUCUGGUGGCCUUGCGACAUCUGCACUUCAAAAACAUAGUUCACUGUGACUUGAAGCCUGAGAAUGUACUGUUGGCCUCUGCAGAACCCUUUCCUCAGGUAAAGCUGUGUGACUUUGGCUUUGCCCGCAUUAUUGGUGAGAAGUCUUUCCGGCGAUCGGUAGUGGGCACUCCAGCUUACCUGGCUCCAGAGGUCCUGCGUAGUAAAGGCUACAAUCGCUCGUUGGACAUGUGGUCUGUGGGAGUUAUUGUGUACGUCAGCUUGAGCGGGACAUUCCCUUUCAAUGAGGACGAGGACAUCAACGACCAGAUUCAAAAUGCUGCCUUCAUGUACCCCCCUACCCCCUGGAAGGACAUUUCGGCAGAAGCCACAGAUCUGAUCAAUAAUCUCCUUCAAGUGAAGAUGAGGAAGAGGUACAGUGUCGACAAGUGUCUCAGCCAUCCUUGGUUGCAGGACUAUCAGACAUGGUUGGACCUCAGGGACUUCGAGACGCGACGAGGCGAACGCUACAUCACCCACGAGAGUGACGACGCACGUUGGGAGGAGUACGCAGACGAGCACAGUCUUGUUUACCCCAAACACUUUAUCAUGGCGCCCAACCUAGAUGACAUGGACGAAGAUCCCUAGUGGCACAGGGGACUUUGCACAACAUUUAUUCAGGAAGAUCACAGGGGACUUUUUGCAUCAAACUAGGGGAGUGUUUGCUAUGGAAACAGAGAAAGGCUCACGAUGUGCGGGAAAGCCCAAGUUUGUAGCAUGUGUCACCGCUACAAGUUGUAAGAUGAGGAUGUGCACCACUGAAAAACAAAAACUGUGAGCAGAGAUGAGCUUUCGCCUCUUUGCAUCCUACCAACACCUUCCACGGAUAUAAGGACAAGCGUACCGAGAUAAACUUGAUUGUUUCAUUGUUUUAUACAGUUUUGGUUCUUUUGAGUAAUAAUAAGGUUCUGUUCUUUGUGUGAGAGAGGUCAAUAGAGAAAGAUAGAGCUUAUCCCAGGAUUAAAGGGCACUUUUCACAAGGGAUUUGGAGUCUUGAGAAUUUAUCACACAUGCUGUUAGUUCUCAUUUCCAAACGGUUUGUGAGACUGUCCUUUGGCAUGAAACUGGAGCAAUCACAUGUAUUUUGUAAGUUGUUUUAAUGUAUUUAGUAAUUGUGGUGGUGUUUUGCACUAUAUUGCGUUGAACAUUCCGAUGGAACAGAAAGUCCAUUUGCUGCUACAGAGGGCUUGUCUGGUCUCUGUGAACAGUGUUCAAUAAUGACAAUCAGAGAAAAGUAGCUGGUGUGUGCCUAUACUUUCUUCAACGUGAGUGGAAGAGGAUCCAUCACCUAAAAAAAACAAAAACAAAAGUGGUAUUGUGGAGUUCUAUAAACCCAGAAACCCGAAGCAGUCAGUACAAUCAUCAAUUUUUUACUUCAGUGUUUGUCUAAAACCAGCAAUGUGAGCAUUUUAGUUCUAUUUACUAGUUUUAAAUGGGACUCAGUAAGCAUCCAAUUUAAGGAAUGUGAUUUUUUUUUUUAUUAUGUUUUUUUUUUAUAUAUAUAAUGCUCUGCAGAGCGCAGAGGUGCCACAUAGAACAAAACUGUCCAUUCCAUGUGCAAACUAAUUGCGUGUAUGAUGUUGCCUGAAUAGUUUUAGUACAGUAUUGAAAAGUUCACGUCAGAGUAGUGUACAACAUUUUUGUAGUUAACUCUGCUAUUGUGGUUUGGGAGUACAUUCGAGUUUUCCUUAAAUCUUGUCUUUGUUGCCACUGGAUUGGCAGGUGUUUUGUACCUUUCUUUGCAUACUGUUUAAAAUAAAGA